AUGGGCAGGGUGCCCUGGGUGAAGCUGCUCCCAUACGCUCUGUGUCAGGUGCUGGGAGCUUACCUGGCCUCUGGCCUGGUCUUCCUGGUCUACUAUGAUGCUAUCAUGGACUUCAGUGCAGGGAAUUUAACAGUGUAUGGGGCUAAUGAAACGGUGUCCAUCUUUGCCACCUAUCCCUCAGAGCACCUAUCCCUCAGAGCACCUAUCCCUCAGAGCACCUAUCCCUCAGAGCACCUAUCCCUCAGAGCACCUAUCCCUCAGAGCACCUAUCCCUCAGAGCACCUAUCCCAGAGCACCUAUCUCUCAGAGCACCUAUCCCUCAGAGCACCUAUCCCGCAGAGCACCUAUCUCUCAGAGCACCUAUCCCUCAGAGCACCUAUCCCUCAGAGCACCUAUCCCUCAGAGCACCUAUCUCUCAGAGCACCUAUCUCUCAGCAGCAGCAUCCUAGACCAGGUCAGACCAAUAUGAUACAGUACGAAGCAGGAACGGAUGAUGGUGUGUCGUCACUAACUCAAAAGGCACUCACUCAUCUGAGCCAUCUUUGUUGCAGGCCUUCCUCAGAGCGUUUGGCCUUCGUCACUAACCUCCACAGCUACAAAGUGGUGGCCACUGCCGUGUUGAUGCUCUGCAUCCUCCCAUUGGAUGACCAGAAGAAUAGUCCUGCCCCCGACGCUCUGAUCCCGCCCAUCGUUGCCGUGGUAGUCCUGGGGAUCGGCAUGUCGAUGUCGUCCAAUUGCGGCGGAGCGAUAAACCCUGCCCGUGACCUGGGACCACGCCUCUUGACACUGACCGCCGGCUGGGGCACUGAGGUGUUCACGUACGUCUUCUAACACACAAACACCUUUUGACCUCAGUCAGCAGGUGUGCAACAUGUCAGGUAUUACAGGAAGUGGUCAGUAGGUCAGUUAAGUGCACAGGAGAGAAGAGUGAACCACAUGAAAGGAGUGGCAUACUCCUGGACUAGAGGUAGAUCUGGUUUGUGUGUUUGUGAAUGUGUUGGUGCCAAGUGUGCCACGCACAGGAGGCUGCUGAGGGGAGGAUGGCUCAUAUUAAUGGCUGGAAUGGAGUGAAUG